AGGAGACGCUGCCCUUCCGCAGCGAUGGGAUCCCGGCUCUGUGGGGGCACCUUCUGGGAUGCGAGUCCCUAUCGUGCCGGGGCGUGGCCAGUGCCCGAGACCCAGCCAGCAGCCAGGUGAAGGACAGCUUCUUGGACCAGCUCUCGACUCUCCGGGCUCUCGUCUCCGGGGGUGCUGGGCCCGCCAUGGCGUUCCGGCGGACGGAAGGCAUGUCCGUGAUCCAGGCCCUCGCCAUGACCGUGGCCGAGAUCCCCGUGUUCCUGUACACGACGUUUGGACAGUCAGCGUUCUCACAGCUGCGGUUGACACCUGGCCUGCGGAAGGUCCUCUUCGCUACUGCCCUCGGGACCGUGGCCUUGGCCCUGGCCGCCCACCAGCUGAAGAGGCGCGGGAGGCGAAAGAAGCAAGUGGGCCCUGAGCUGGGCACGAUGCCCCUGCCCAUCCUCAUGGCCAGGAAGAUGCCCUCAGCGAAGAAAGGCUACUCCAGCCGCAGGGUGCAGAGCCCGGGCAGCAAGAGCAACGACACCCUCAGUGGCAUCUCCUCCAUCGAGCCCAGCAAGCGCUCCGGCUCCUCCCACAGCCUGGCCUCGAUGGCAGCCGCGAACUCCUCCAGCCCUACGUGUUUGGGAUCAUGGGACGCCCGAGGGAUGGAGGAGUCUAUAACUACCAGCGAUGGCCAUGCUGAGAGCCUCUACAUGCAAGGCAUGGAGCUGUUUGAGGAGGCCCUGCAGAAGUGGGAACAGGCUCUGAGCGUGGGCCAGAAGGGGGACGGGGGCAGCACCCCCACACCUGGCGACAGCCUGUGGGACCCUGAGACUGCGUCGGCGGCCCUGUCUGAGCCUGAGUCACAGCGCCGGGAGUUUGCUGAGAAGCUUGAGGCCCUGCUGCACCGUGCCUACCACCUGCAGGAGGAGUUUGGCUCCACCUUCCCCUCGGACAGCAUGCUGCUGGACCUCGAGAGGACGCUCAUGCUGCCCCUGACCGAGGGCUCGCUGCGAGUGCGGGCGGACGACGAGGACAGCCUGACCUCGGAGGACUCCUUCUUCUCGGCCACUGAGCUCUUUGAGUCCCUGCAGGUUGGGGACUGCCCAGUCCCGCUGUCUAGGCCCGCAGCCGCCUACGAGGAAGCCCUGCAGCUGGUGAAGGAGGGGAAGGUGCCAUGCCGGACCCUCAGGACAGAGCUGCUGGGCUGCUAUGGUGACCAAGACUUUCUUGCCAAGCUGCACUGCGUGCGGCAAGCCUUCGAGGGUCUUCUGGAGGAGAAGCAGAACCAGCUGUUCUUUGGGGAGGUUGGCCGGCAGAUGGUGGCGGGCCUGAUGACCAAGGCUGAAAAGAGCCCCAAAGGCUUCUUGGAAAGCUAUGAGGAGCUGCUGAACUACGCCCUGCGGCCUGAGACCUGGGCCACCACCCGGCUAGAGCUGGAGGGCCGUGGGGUGGUAUGCAUGAGCUUCUUCGACAUCGUGCUGGACUUCAUCCUCAUGGAUGCCUUCGAGGACCUGGAGAGCCCCCCGUCGUCCGUGCUGGCUGUCCUGAGGAACCGCUGGCUAUCAGACAGCUUCAAGGAGACGGCCCUAGCCACUGCGUGCUGGUCAGUCCUGAAAGCCAAGAGGAGGCUGCUGAUGGUGCCCGACGGCUUCAUCUCUCAUUUCUACUCCGUAUCGGAGCACGUUAGCCCUGUCCUGGCCUUCGGCUUCCUUGGCCCCAAGCCCCAGCUCACCGAGGUCUGCGCUUUCUUCAAGCACCAGAUCGUGCAGUACUUGCGUGACAUGUUCGACCUGGACAACGUGCGCUACACGUCGGUGUCGGCUCUCGCUGAUGACAUCCUGCAGCUGUCCCGGCGCCGCAGCGAGAUCCUGCUGGGAUACCUGGGAGCGCCAGGGGCCAGCAGCGUCGCCCUCGAUGGGGCACUGCCCCAGGAGAACGGGCCCCUCGGGGGGGUGCAGUAGCAGGCCUAGGUGCCCGCGGGAGCGGUGGCCGUGAGAGGCUUGGCCCAACCUUCUAACGUGGGGUGGCUCUGACUUUGUCCCCACCCCCACCUGGGAAUCCCAAGGCCCCAAGGAUACAUCUCUGGCAGGGCCACAGCCCCCGGCGGUCAGCAGGCCCCAAGGAGACAAAGGCCAGGCAGGGUUGGGAUAGGCAGGGUCAGGAUCUGGAAUGUGUGUACCCCAGGGCUGCCCACAAAGGGCUCAGGGCAGUGGGGCAGAGGAAGAUGGGGUCUGCGGGCUCUGCAGUGAGGGUCAUGGUCUCCCAUGGCUGUGUGCGCUUGGAGCCAACUGCCCUGGCAAGGCCUGAAAGCCCCACCGCCACCACACCAGGAGCUGGUGGCCACCCAAGCCUGGUGUGCCCACUGUGGCUGUGUGGGCUCUUGGCAAACGCAAGCAGCCAACCAGGAUGCUGCCCCAGGACAUUCCCGCGUCUUGCCAAAGACCUCAUGUUUCCUCCCACACGUGCUGCAGCCCUAGACAGAGGGGGCUGCAGUGGGGGGCUCCUCAGCCCUGUGGCCCAGCAGGCUGCGUAAGGAUGAGCAGGGCUGAACUAACCCCUGCUCUCUGGAGCAAGAGAGCAGGCCCAGCAAGCACUUGGCCGCCAGUUAACGCACAAGGAGCCAGGCACAGGGAGACACCCAGGGCCUGCAGAUUCGCUAGUGUCCCUCACCUGUGCUGGGAACUUUAAUUUAUUGCCUUAAGCCUUUAUUUUGAGGUUCCAUCCUUUCCAGGCUGUGAGACCGGCAGGAGAAAUCACUCCUCUGGUACCCCAGGCUGGAGGGAGAGGAUCUGGGUGGGAGGGCACAUGGAGGAGAGACGGGACCCAUGAGCGUGAGGCACCCUCCCCCACCCCACAUUCCGUUGGUUUGCACUCCCCCUGCGCUUUGAAUGUAGCCCUGGCCGACCUGGCCUGCUCUGAUUUGCUUCAGGUCCCGCGGAAGUGGCAUUUCCAUUUUAACUGUUUACACAUCUACUUCCUGCCUCUCGCACUCAACAUGUCACAGCUUCUGACUGGAGCGGGGGAGCACGGGCACCUGGGAAGGUUGCAGGAGCAUGAAGGUCUGGGUGUUUGUAGUGAGGAGCUCCCUGGGGUGUGGAGUGGGCACCUGGGACGGGCUCCUACUUUGGCACAUGGUGAACAGUGUAGGCAUCCAUGCUAUGAGGCAACAGGUGAUGGCCCAAGUACCCUGACACCCACAGGGGAGACAGAUGGAGUUGCAGGCUCCCUGCUUGGCCUGGGCCAGUCCUGGCAGCCAUGGGUCUUGGAGGAGGAAAGCAGUACGUGGAAGAUCUCUCCUCUGAAAAGUCUUUGAAGUAUACGGUGUAGGCUGGACUGCAGAGUGGUCCCAGCCUGCCUGGUCCUGGGUAUGCUCAUGGCCAGGUGGCAAUCAGAAGUUGCAUUGGAGAGGCCUAGCUUCUUUAAACAUGUUUUCCCAUGUGCAGAAGGAAGGCGAAGGAGUUGCAUAAAGAACAUCAACCGACA